AUGAAAGUUCACAUGGAACGACUGAAUCCUCUAUUGAGUAUUGAAUCGGAGGAUGAGGUUCGUAUGAUAGGAAUCUGGGGAAUGGGAGGCAUCGGGAAAACCACCAUAGCCAAGUGUCUCUAUGAAAAAUAUUCACGUCGAUUUGCUCAUUACUGUUUCAUAGAAAACGUUAGGAUUGCUGCAAAGAAUGGCCUCCCGUAUUUGCAGAAAAAGCUCCUUUCCAAUAUCAGAGGAAAGAAACAAGAGACCCUAUGGUGCGUGGAGAAAGGAUGCAGUUGUAUCAAGUCAAAGCUUAAGGAUAAAAUUUUCCUUGUCCUUGACGAUGUGGACAACGUGGACCAGCUGCAUGCCCUGGCAAAAAAUACUGGCUGGUUUGGACCAGGGAGCCGAAUCAUCAUAACUACACGAGACUUUGGCUUGCUCUACUCCUUUGGAGUGAGAUUAUUAUACCAUGUCAGCUUUUUGGACAUCGGUGAUGCUAUCCAGGUCUUUAAACAGGUUGCUUUUGAAGGAGGGCAAGCUCCUUCUGAUGUCUACCAGCAAUUCUCAAUCCGUGCUUCUAGGCUCGCUCAAGGCCUUCCUUCAGCCCUCGAAGCUUUUGGCACAUAUCUCCGCCGGAUUACCUGGAUAGAAGGGUGGGAAAAGGCAUUGGGUAUUCUUGAAACAGUUCCCCAUCAAAGUAUCAUGGAUAUUUUGAAAACUAGCUAUGACGGUUUAGAUGAGCAAGAACAGGCUGCGUUCCUUCACGUUGCAUGCCUCUUCAAUGGAACCUCUGUCCAGCGUGUAAAUGCCCUUAUCGAUGAUGGUGACAUAAGGACAAAAGCUUUAGAAGCGAAGUCUCUCAUAGAAAUAUCACCUGAUGGAUGCAUCACCAUGCAUGUCUUGAUAGAACAAGCAGCAAGAGAAAUUGGUACAACAACGACUGAAGGUGUAGCACUACACAUGUGUGAGAUGCUUCAAGCGUUGUCUAUCGAGGGAAACGUUCUUAACGCGAUCAACAAUCUCAAAUUCUUCAAAGCCUUCAUGCAUUUGAAUGACAAAGAGUCCAAACUGAAGUUCCUUCCAGGCACAGUGUCUUAUAUUCAGGACCUCGGUCAGUUGAAGAGACUAGAUGUUACUGGCUCAAAGAAUCUGACCGAAAUUCCAGAUCUUUCAAGGGCCGCACUGCUGAAGGAUUUAAUAAUGAAAGGCUGUACAAGACUGAAGCAAACUCCAGAUAUCAGAAAAGAUUGUCCUCCGAGAACCUGGACUCAGGCGACGGCGGCAAAUAAUAUUGAGACUUCCCAGAGCAGUAAAGAAACUAAAUUCUUUGGCAAACCUAUCCAUAGAGGGGAAAAUAAACAUCGGGUUGUGGGAUAUCAUGGGCAAUGCAGAGCAUCUCUCCUUUAUUCCGAGCAACAAAUUCCUGAGGAAUAUAUGGUAAUUCCAAAGGAAAGACUUCCGUUCAUCUCAAGCUUCUAUGAUUUUAAAUCGCUAAGUAUCAAGCGAGUUAGCUACAGCGCAGAUGGUGUCCCCUUCCGAUGCAUUAGCUUCUCAGCUUUCCCGUGCUUGGUAGAGUUGAAUCUAAUCAACUUAAAUAUCCAGAAAAUCCCAGUCGACAUUGGUCUAAUGCAGUCACUAGAGAAACUGGACCUCAGCGGAAAUGAUUUCAGGAGUUUACCCGCAUCAACGAAGAACCUUUCGAAGUUGAAAUACGCGAGGCUCUCUAAUUGCAUCAAACUCAAGACAUUUCCAGAGCUGACUGAGUUGCAGACGCUCAAGCUUUCCGGCUGUUCCAACCUCGAAUCACUGCUGGAACUUCCUUGUGCAGUUCAAGAUGAAGGCAGAUUCCGUUUGCUAGAGCUUGAGCUUGAUAACUGCAAGAAUCUCCAAGCAUUGUCAGAACAGCUUAGCCGUUUCACCAAUUUAAUACACUUGGACCUAAGCAGCCACGACUUUGACGCAAUCCCUGAAAGCAUCAAGGAGCUGUCAUCUUUGGAAACUAUGUGCCUCAAUAACUGCAAGAAACUCAAAUCAGUGGAAGAGCUUCCACAAAGCCUCAAGCAUCUCUACGCACACGGCUGCGAUUCCCUGGAAAAUGUAUCCCUUUCCCGAAAUCAUUCAAUCAAACACCUCGAUCUUAGCCAUUGCUUCGGUUUGCAACAAGAUGAGCAACUGAUUACAUUGUUUCUAAACGACAAAUGUAGCCAAGAGGUUUCACAACGAUUUCUUUGCUUACCCGGAAAUGAAGUGCCCAGAAAUUUCGAUAAUCAAUCCCAUGGAACAUCUACGAAGAUCAGCCUGUUUACACCGACCCUUCUGGGUUUUGCUGCUUGUAUCUUGAUUUCUUGUGAGAGGUCCUUCAAUCUCCAAUUCCCAGCGUUUAGUUAUGACUGGAACAGCGAAGCUGAUGAAGUAAUUUGGAUUAACCUCAAACCAAAUCUCAAUCAUUCAUCGGAGAUUGAGGAAGAAGAAACUGUUGCAUCACAUCACCUGGUUAUCAUCCACGUCCCGAGUAGCUUAAACACCGAGAAAAUCGAAGAGUUGCGACUCGAAUCCCAUCUUCAAUUUCCAGAGGAGGAGUUUCAGUUUCCACUAGGCGAGAUAAGAGCUUGUGGAAUUCGCAUUAUUGACGAAGCAAAUCCGGUGUGACUUCGGCUUGGUUUGGGUCAAUUUGAGGUUUAUGUUUAUAAUCGGUUUGGUUGUUUUUGGUUCUAUUGUGUUUUCUAACUAAAACCAAAAAUUAACCAGCGAUGGGACAUCAUUCCUAAACAACCGGGUUUUACAACAAACAGAGCAUGACGGCCUUGAUUUUUUUUUCCUUUUCCUAAUAACAUCGCAAAAUUCUUGUUUUGGUAUGUUACUACUUACUACUACCUUUGAUUUUCGUU